AUGUUACCGCUAUCAUUAUUGAGAACCGCCCAGAACCAUCCGAUGCUGGUGGAACUCAAAAAUGGCGAAACAUACAACGGACAUUUAGUAAGUUGCGACAAUUGGAUGAAUAUAAAUUUAAGAGAAGUUAUUUGCACGUCCCGCGACGGAGACAAGUUCUGGCGGAUGCCGGAAUGCUAUAUCCGGGGUAGCACUAUCAAAUAUCUUAGAAUACCUGAUGAAGUUAUCGAUAUGGUUAAAGAAGAGACUCAAGUUAAAUCCCGCGGGCGUGGAGAGAUUUCUAAAGGCCGUGGUGGUCAGAACAUGAGAUCUGGCAGAGGUGGCAGCCGUGGCGCCUUCGGUAACCGUGGUAGACCGGCGCCUUUGUCACGCGGAGGCGGAAAUGCUGGCCGGCCGCAGAACAAGAACAAAAAGUAG